ACUGAGAAGAACUUCAAUGAUUGGCUUAAACACAUAGGUUGUCGUCAUCUGUACACAGCACCACGUCAUCCUCAGUCUAACGGUUUGGCAGAAAAUUUCGUACGAACGUUAUAGAGUGCCAUAGCAUCAAUGAGUCCUAAGAAUUUUGAUGAGCUAGAGAGAUGUGUAGAUAACUUCCUACUUCAAUAUCGCAAUGUGGAGUAUACAAGUACCCAUGAAAUUCCUGCUAAACUAUUCAAAUCUCGAAUUCUCAGAAAGCACCUAAUGUCCACGACUUCUGAUGUACAUUAUUACAGAGGGAAUGACUAUAGACCUUCUGUUGGAAUCAUACUACAAAAACUGGGAAAUCGAAUGGUGAAAAUAUUAGACAUCGAAGAUCAUUCAAUUCAUAACAGACACCUGGACCAAGUGAAAAUAAAUGAAAUAAUUCAGAAAUAAGUCCAGA